UCAGCACGGUGAAGUAGAAGCAAUGCCUCCUUGGCGAAUGACACGCAGCCACUCCUCCUUCGCCUGCAGUAUACGGGACAGACCAGUUACAUUGCUGCUAAUACUGAACACAACAAAGCAGUGGCAAACAUAAACACUGCACAGGGUGCACACAUACAUUCAGGCGCUGGGACAAACUGACUGCAAGCUUUCUACAUUUCAACACACUCCAGCGCAGAAGCAAGUUGGAAAGCGAGACAGAUCUGAACAUAUCUCCCACCAGCUGGACAUGGGGUAAAAACAAUCUAAGCAACUUUUCAACAUUUUCCAUGUUCCAUAUACAUAUAUGGUUGGAGAAGGACGCCACGUUUUUUAAGCUCAGUGUGCUAAUGCUAUUAUGGUAGACGAGCAACUGCCUGCUUAAAUAUCGGUGAAAGUAAACCUUCCUAUGUUGCCUUUUGCGGAAAUCAUCAGCUAGUUAUCAAAUUAUAGUAGGCUUUUCAGAGCGGAAGAACUAACAAUAUUUGCAACCAGCACAGACGCAUGCACUGCCAUGGUUGGCUACUGUUCAUAAUUACACCAGGAGCACAUGUAUUGACAUAUGAAGGCGACGUAAUAACUUUCAGGAAGAGAAGAACUUUGCAAUUAAAUGUGUAAAAUCGUGCAGCUUUCUGCAAAAACAUUAACAAGCAAAACAAUUGUAGCACAAUAUUGAUAACAAUAUAUAUUUUUUCACCUUGUCAAUUUGGCCUUGAUAAAGAGAUGGCGGAUAUAAACACUGUGCAACAGGCGCAGGAUGACAAAGCCAGCAAUCCCUUAAAAGCAGAGAAGAGGUUUAAACUGUGGUACAUGGGCUGGUCUGCACUGGACAGGAGGACAACACUACCCAUGUUGCCCUGGCUCGUGGCAGAGAUACGCAGGAAAAGUGAAAAGAACGAACUAGGUUCUGCGCAAGCCAGGGAGGUUCAACUCGUUCUCACGCCGCCUCUGAUCCGAUGUGUCCCUGCAAAUAACAACAACGCCUCCGUGUUUAUAUUCGAGCACAAGGCACAUCAGGUCUCCAGAUUCCUUCACAACAGCCAUGACCUCACCUACUUUGCCUACCUUAUCAGAAGCCAGCCUGAUAAUCCAGAAUCUGAGAUGGCGUGCCAUGUUUUCAAGGCGUGCGACCCAAACCAGGUUCCUGAUGUCAUCAGCAGUAUCCGGCAGGUAUCCAAAGCGGCCCUUAAAGAAAAUACGAAGACAAAGCAGGAGGGCGAGGAUGCCUUUUACAACUCUCAGAAAUUUGAGAUGCUGUACUGUGGGAAGGUGACCGUUGCCAACAAGAAGGCCCCCUCCACCCUAAUCGAUGAGUGCAUUGAGAAGUUCAAACAGCACGAGGUGGACCGGCAGCAUUUGAAGCUGCUGAACGAACAGCGGGGAUCGGCGGACUCGCACGUAGAAUUCACACUUGGGGACAGGGAUCCCCUCACUGACCCCCUCAAGAGCACCUUUGAGUCGUCCGAGCGUGGCGGCAGCACCUCUGGCCUGAGGUCAGAGGCUGGUGACAGCGCCUCUGGCCUGUUUUCAGUCAGCACCAGCCAGGCCAGUCUUUGGGGCUCUCGCAGUGCCUUGCCAGAGUGCAUUCUGGAAGAUUCAGACUUCAAUGAUCAGCAAGAGUUCCGCAGCAGGUGCAACAGCGUGGCAGCUGUAAUGCAGAAGAAAGUGUCUGACAGCACCUCAAAGGGGCCAGUCCGCAGGCGGCACGCCAGCGCUCCAAGCCAUGUGCAGCCCUCGGAUGCAGAGAAGAACAGGACCAUGCUCUUUCAGGUUGGACGAUUUGAAGUGAACCUCAUUAGUCCAGACACUAAAACAGUUGUGCUUGAAAAGAAUUUUAAAGAUAUUUCGUCAUGUUCUCAGGGAAUACAACACAUUGAUCAUUUUGGGUUCAUCUGCCGGGAAGCUGUUGAAUCUGGGCCAUGCCAGUAUGUGUGCUAUGUGUUCCAGUGUGCCAGCGACGCUUUGGUGGAUGAAGUGAUGCUGACUCUAAAACAAGCCUUUAGUACUGCCGCUGCUCUUCAGAAUGCAAAGACUCAAAUUAAACUGUGUGAGGCCUGCCCAAUGCAUGACUUGCAUAAACUGUGUGAGAGGAUCGAAGGGCUUUACCCACCUAGAGCUAAGCUUGUAAUACAGAGACAGCUCUCCCUUUUGACUGACAAUGAACAAGCUGACAUUUUUGAACGUGCUCAGAAAAUGAAGCCUUGCAGUGACCAAGAAGAGAAUGAGCUGGUAAUUCUCCAUCUGCGGCAGCUGUGUGAAGCCAAGCAGAAAACACACCUUCACAUUGGAGAAGCUCCUGUGAAUGCACAGAACAAUGCAAUUCCUGAACAUCCAGCGAGCAGUGGCAAGUUUAAACUGGAUAUUCUGAAAAGUAAGGCCAGGAAGUCUUUAACAAGCUCCCUGGAAAACAUCUUCUCCAGGGGAGCCAACAAAAUGCGAGGUCGUCUUGGAAGCAUAGACAGCUUUGAACGAUGCAAUAGCCUACCAUUUGACAAGGACGGUUCUCCGGGUGACUCUCCUCCCCCCACUCCUCCAGCCUCUCCUGUGUCUUCGCUGGGGCAACCCUUCUCGGAGGAAGACCCAGACUCUCCACAGUUCCGGAGACGUGCUCACACCUUCAGCCACCCACCUUCACUCAAGAAGAUCAUCUCCUUCACAGACUCCAAGUCUCACAACACCAAAUCUCCAGUAUUCAGACAGCUUUCCGUGGCUCCUGAACUUUUGCAGAGCAGCCCCAUUGACAUUUCAAGACGCACUCGCAGUGUAUCUGAGAGCGAAACCUCCUCCUUCAGCCUCCCCUCCUCCUUCUCAGCUCCCUCUUUCCUGAAAAACUUUUACCAAGGCUCUGGCUGGCAAGCCACACAGGCCGACACGGGGAACCCCACGAGUAAUGGUGAAGGGAGGAAAAGGACUUUCUCUGGCUGCAGUAGUGACUCUCUGAACAUCGGGGGUGCCCCCCUGACUCCCCGACAAGUCUCCUGGCGCCAGAAGAUAUUCCUGAGGGUUGCUUCGCCCAUGAACAAAUCUCCUGCUGCCAUGCAUCGAAAAGACCAACUGGACAUCAAUGAGCUCCGGCCCCUGUCUCCGCUGGCCCCUGCUCUGGAGGAGGACCCACUCGCCUCCUUGUUGCAGCCGGACAGUGUUUGUGAUGGGGAGAGGAGGAAGCGCACCCCCGAAGAGCUGCACACUCUGUGGAGGAAAGCCAUACACCAGCAGAUUCUGCUGCUUCGAAUGGAGAAAGAGAACCAGAGGCUCGAAGCAAGCAAGGAUGAGCUUCAAACACGAAAAAUUAAACUGGAUUAUCAAGAAGUGGGUGAAUGUCCAAAAGAAGUCUUAGAAAUGUGGGACAAAAAGCUAACCAUUCCAGGACGAGUGAAGGACAGAUGUGACAUGGAGGAGAUCCAGUGUGCCCUCAGUCAGGGUGUACCGAAGAAUCGCAGGGGGGACAUCUGGCAGUUCCUGGCUGUCCAGUAUCGCCUGAGACACCGUCUGUUAUGUAAACAGCAACCUCUGGACAUGUCCUACAAGGAGCUUUUAAAGCAGCUCACCACACAGCAGCAUGCCAUCCUGGUAGAUCUUGGGCGGACUUUCCCCACUCACCAGUACUUCUCUGCGCAGCUGGGGCCUGGCCAGCUCUCCCUCUUCAAUCUGCUGAAAGCCUAUUCUCUGUUGGACAAGGAGGUGGGCUACUGUCAAGGGAUCAGCUUCGUGGCGGGAGUCCUGCUUCUGCAUAUGAGUGAGGAGCAGGCUUUCCAAAUGCUCAAAUUCCUGAUGUAUGAUCUGGGCAUCCGCAAACAGUAUAGACCAGACAUGAUUUCCCUCCAGAUUCAGAUGUACCAGCUGUCAAGACUCCUCCAUGACUACCACAGGGAUCUCUACAACCACUUGGAGGAGAAUGAAAUCAGCCCGAGCCUGUAUGCUGCUCCCUGGUUUCUCACUCUCCUUGCCUCCCAGUUUCCACUUAGCUUUGUGGCCAGGGUGUUUGAUAUACUGUUUCUUCAAGGAAUUGACGUCAUAUUUAAAGUAGCGCUUAGCCUGCUCAGCAGCCAUGAAGCCAGUAUAAUGGAGUGUGACAGCUUUGAAUCUAUUGUGGACUUCCUUAAGAGCACUAUCCCAAAUCUGACCAUUGCCCAGAUGGAAAAGACCAUCGCCCAGGUGUUUGAGAUGGACAUUUCCAAACAGCUCCAUGCCUAUGAGGUUGAAUACCAUGUGCUGCAGGAUGAGAUGCUGGAAGCCUCUGUGCCCCGUGACGAUGUGGACCGACUGGAUAAACUGGAGCGGACAAACUACCAGCUCAAGAGGCAGAACAUGGAUCUGCUGGAGAAACUACAGGCGGCCCGCAUUAAAAUCCAGAACCUGGAGGUUGCCCUGGAGAACAUCGUCACCCGGGAGAGUAAAAUGAAGCGCCUAAUCCGCUCACUGGAGCAGGAGAAGAUAACCAAUCAAAAGACUAUAGAACGCAUGCAAAACCUUUGGCCACCAGAAGCGCUGUCUGAUGUUGAACUGACAGAGUUAAACUGUGGCCCAAACAGCAAAGCAAAAUCAGGAAACAAAAAGCCAUGACAAGUGCAAAUCAGAAGAGUUGCAUGCAGCAUAACAUUCACAGCUAAGGAAGCACAGCAGAAAUAAAAUGGCAUGCUCCCAAAGGCUCAGCAGCUGGAGCCCAUGACACAUUGUGAUCCAAGGGUCAUGGGUCAAUAAAAGCACGCAUGCCUCUGUGAUGACUGUAUGCAAAUCCAAGGAUACGUGCUAGCCUUUUUUGCAUAUAUUUUUUUUUUCUAUGGUGUUGUAUAAUAAGUCAGAGUUGUGAAGUGAAACAGGCUUUCAUUAUCAUACAACACACUUUUACAUUAUGUGUUUUAAAUUUCUGGUGGUGUUGCCUAAUACUACAUCUUAAGGUGAUAUUAAGAGAAACAUCUGAUUUUGUGUGUAACCACUUUCACAGGGUUUGUACGCUAAUCUGGAAGUCUGGAGAAAGUAUGACAAAAUGCCAAAGUGAUUUCCAGGGCUUGAAAAUGCUUGAAAAACCAUGUCUCUGUUAUGAAAGUCUGGAAUUUUACUAGUAUCACAGGAGAAUGAAAAUAAUUCAAUGAUUUAUUUUUUAUUAAUAAUAAUUGAUUUCAAAAGCGGAUCAGCAGCUGUAGCGGCAACUGUCUUGGCAAUUUACUAUUAGCAGCUAUACUGCUUGUGACCAAAUCCUGCGAGGAUUGCCCCGUGUAACACCCCUGACAAUGUCCUGACAACUCAAGCAAUCCUAUCCAGUCAGCGCACCGGUAUAUGUCACAUAGGGCAAAAUGGACACUAUGACAGCCAAAAUAUAUAAAUUUAUAUUGAAUAUGAAUUUUAAAUGAAGUUACAAACUGGAAUUACAAGCUAAUGUACUCUGCUCACCAAGAUUCACAUUGUGUUUUCUUGUUGUUACCUUUAUUAAUAGAUAUAUUAUUUACAUCCUUGCUAUAUGGCCUUCAUUAUACAAUUAAAUACUGAUUUUAAAAAAAUAAAAAAAAUAAAACUGCUGCUGAUGUUGGCUCUUACAGCUCUAUGCAGCCGGCAUGGCAAAGCAACAUUGAUGUGGUGUUUUGUUUUGUUUUUUUAAUAAGGAAACAAAACUGAAACGUUGUGCUUUUUUGGGGGGGUGGGGGUGGUUGUACUGUGUUCUUCAACAAAUAGGAUAUAGGCAGAAUACUGGAUGCAGCCACAAAUAGGUACUGUACUUGUAAUCCUACUUUUAUUCACAAUCCCACUGCUAUUAUUAUUAUUAUUAUUAUUAUUAUUAUUAUUAUUAUUAUUAUUAUUAUUAGUGGUAGUAGUGACACAUACUGUAAUAAUGAAAAUCAAAGAAUAAAAACUUCCUUAACUUACUCCAGCAGCUUGUUCGUAUUGGAUUGUCCUUUUACUAUAGCGAACAAAAGGCUUUGGACCCAAACAGGGUUGUUAUAGCGAGGGUGUACUGUAUUUAGACUUGUAUGUUUAAUAUACAACACUUGCACAUUUUAAUAUAUAAUGCGUGCUCAUUUGCUAUUUCAUUUUUGUUAUUUUUCACCUCCCAUAGUGUUCAACAUUUAACAGAGGGUAUAAAGAAGUUUGGAUCAGAAUCCAAUAUCAUCCCUUACAAAAAAGUAGUAUACUGCAAGUAUACUUGUGCCAAAAUUGUCUGGUUUUAGUAUACUAUUGGUACCAUUAUACUAUCCUAUUUUGGCACGAGGAUACUACUACGCAGUAUACAACUUUUUUCUUUGUAAAUAAUGCAACGUAGUUCUCAAAUAUUGGGCAUUUCUUAGAUUGUAUCUUCCUUCUCUUUUGCAUACCUGCAUUGUCUCUUGCUAGAUAUGCACCUCAAGAUUCUGACAAAUACUUUUAGAAAACCAGGAGCAACUUCUGCUCUGGAUCAAAAAGAUAUAAUGCUCUGCGGUAGGCCGCCUAUGUGGAUAACUAUCGAAAAACUAGUAGAAACUAACUAAAACACAAGUUGAAAAAGUGUAUGAACACUGUAUGUCGCAAAAAAAUGAUUUUGUCUUUUAAAGAUAUGUAUUGAAAAUACUUGAAAAUAAGAUGAAUGUGUUUUCUUUCCAAAGAACUGCAUGUGUCAAGUGAAAAACAAAAUGUGUACUGUAUGUAGAAUCAUAUUAGCCUACCACAAAGCUUACUGUUAAACACUGAAUAUUUAAGCUCUGUAGCUGUUUUUCUCAACGGGGCUCUUGCAAGAAAAGAGCAAUUACUUUGUUUGUGAGCUUCAUGCUAACCAAAAAUGUUCUUGUAUCACAGUUGUUUGUUUGUUUUUUAACAGGGAAAGGCUGACCCCAAAUCGUAGCAGAAUGCAAGUUGGUAGAUUCUGUCUAGCAGUUGGAUUCCUGUAGGAUACCCUGCAGUCCAAGAGUGACAGACUUUUACAAGGUUCAGAAUUAGUCAACUGGUGCUGUAAACAUUUUCUUAACAAGUUACUUUAGGAAGAGUACAAUGAACUUUAUUUUGGAAUGUUAUACUGUAGAGUAUACCAGUGCAGGACUGAAGCAGUGUAUACAUUGCUAUAGAGUUGCAAUACACCAAGGAAGUGUAUAAUACUUUGGGUUUUGGCAGCGCUAGAUGUUUUAAUUAUUCUUUUGAAAUGCAUGUAGGGAAGGAGUUUUCAACAUCUCAAACUCUAAAGACUUUUUUUUUUUUUUUUUGUAUACAGUAGAUUAGUUAUUUUUCUGUUUCAAGAGCAUGGAAACUCCCGUUCAUUGUCAGAAGUUAUGUAUACUUUAGAGACACGUACUGUCUUUUUGACAUGAGACAAUUGGUGGGCAAAUUGUUCAUCUAGAGUGCCAUAUCCAACAUCAGCCAAUAUCAUGUGUGAGUGUACCAGAAAUGGUUGUUAUUGAUCACUAUGCAAUGUAAUCCUUGAAAACUUGAAGAAUACACAAAGGUUAAAGGAUAAUAGAUUUGCUUAUCUGAUUUUGCCGUCAGUCUUUUGAGCUUAGUUCAGAGGUAGUCUAAAUUUUACCAUUGAUUUUAUCUUUUUUGCGCAGUAGAAUUGUAACAACAAUCACAGUAGAACAAUAGCUAUUAUAUUAGAGUCAAGUGUAGGUUUUACAGUACAGAGGUUUUAGGAGUCGCACAGUGUUGAAACCAUAUCUUUGCGAUAUAUAAUUAAAGAACUCCAAUAAAAAACAAAAUGAUUUUA